AAGCUAAAGGAAGAAAAACUUGGGCAGGAAAAAGGACUUCUGCUCCGGAGGCGAGCGAGUGCGUGGUGGGGGAGGCUUUGGGAGUGGUUUAGUAGCGGGCUCGCUCAAUCGUCUCCGGACUCACAGUAAGUCAGUCGUCGCCUAGAGUGAGUUGGGGAAUUUGUUUGGGGGUUCCGUUCCUGUGCCGGCUGCGGGGAGGAUUCGUGCGGGGCUUGAUUCGGCGACGCUGCUCGCCAUGGCCGGGAUCGACGACGGCGGGGCCGCCGCCGCCGCCGCGCAGCUGGUGCAGAAGCUGGCAAUCUGUGGAGUUCCAGAAGAGCAGCAGCAUCAAGAAGGCUUGCUCGUGUAUUUGGAGGAGCACAAUGAUAAGAUUCCUCAGAUCACGGCGGCCAUCUUGUCAGCAGGCACGGAAUUAAUGGAGUCCGGCAACUCAUCGAAGGAUAAAGAUGACAGUAGCUGCAGCAGCAAUGCAUACAGUGAGAGCCUGUCGUGGUUGCAGUGGAUGAUGUUCGGCAGAAAUCCCGAUGCAAUGCUUCAUGACAUGGAGCUUAGCUCCGAGGAUGACCGCGCUGUUUGCGGCACUGUAUGGGGGCAGAAUUGCCUUGCUUACCGCUGCCGGACCUGCGAGAGUGACUCCACAUGCGCAAUUUGCGUUCCAUGCUUCCAGAAUGGCAAUCACAAGGAUCAUGAUUACUCCAUCAUGGAAACAGGCGGUGGAUGUUGUGAUUGUGGGGAUGCUACUGCUUGGAAGCCUGAAGGGUUCUGCUCGAGGCACAAGGGGGCCGAACAAAUUAAGCCUCUUACCAAGGAGCUUGCGAGUUCCGUAGGGCCUGUGUUGGACGAGCUCUUGCUGUUCUGGAAGGAGAGUAUAUGUGUGCCUCGUGAAAAGUCAGAUGAUUGCAAGAAGAGGGUUGCCCGAGAGUUGACGAUUUCUAUUGCUGACAUGCUGCUUCGCUUCUGCGCGUGUAGUGAAAGCCUUCUAAGUUUUGUGUCCCAAAGGAUCCAUGAGUGCCCUGGUCUACUGGAUGCAUUGAUGAGGGCAGAAAUGUUACUGGACAAGAAAGUUGUGGAAAAAUUGCAUGAGUUGCUGUUGAAGCUUAUCGCUGAACCGGCUUUUAAGUAUGAGUUUGCUAAAGUUUUCAUACAGUACUACCCUGUUGCAUUUUCUGAAGUUAUUGAAGGGGGCAAUGACUAUGUGCUGGGGGAGUAUCUGCUGAUACAGAACUUUUCUGUCCAAAUAUUUACCGUGCCUAUGCUGACUACAAUGCUUGUGCACGAUCACAAUUUGUUGGGUAUUCUUCUUGAAUGUUUGACAGCUCUGUUUCUUUCUUGCGUUGGUGAGGAUGGUCAUUUACAGACCAGCAAAUGGGUAAAUCUGUAUGAUGCUUCUAUUAGAUUGUUGGAAGAUGCACGCUAUGUCCUGAGACAUGAGGAGGUUUCUAUGUAUGUUGCUUCUGAGAGACCUGAUCUAACAAGGUCAUGGAUUAAGCUGUUGUCACUUGUGCAAGGAAUGGAUCCUCAGAAGAGAGUGACGAGUAUUCAUGUUGAAGAUGAGAAUGAGAAUCUAUAUGCGCCUUCCACGCUAGGACAUUAUUUUGGGAUCAUUCACAAUCUUUUGAUGAAGGGAGCAUUUUCUUCUCCUGGGCAACAAGAAUCAACUGAUUUUACUGUAUGCUCCAUUGCGACAAAAGGCAUCGAAAGUGCUGAGAACCAGCGGCUUGCAAAAGUUGGCAGGAUCUCCCAGGAGAACUCGGUAUGCAAUUUAAGUACCAGAAAGAGUUUUUCGAGCAGUAAAUUACCAUCACCUGCUGCCUGUUUAAUUCGUCAGUGCUUGGAAGCUAUUGAUAGCUGGCUGGAACCUGGUCCGCUGAGGAGAAAGUCGUUGUCCGUUGAUGCUAUCAGGGGUGGAUCCGAUAAACAUAUUGGUGAGAUGGGCAUGAAGGUAAAUGAAGGAUCCCAACUAGACGAUGUUGCAGAUUAUUAUGAAGUAAUUGAUCCUCCUAUUCAAGAACCCGACAACAUGGUAAUGAUAGGUAAAGGGGGGAUGCCUCACGUUGGUAACGUCACAGGCAAGGGAAAGAUGCAAGAAACUAGUAGUGUACCGGAUGUACAAUUGCACUCUGAAAAUUUCAUUGCUGUUGCUCUGACCGAUGGCAGCCUUUUAUAUGCUCACCCAGAUUCAAGAACUGAUGAACUAGGAAUACUCAACAUGACAAGCUGGCCACGUGUUGUCUUUGAUGUCACUUCACAAGAAACGUCUUUUCAUAUUCCUUUACACCGUAUGCUUUCAUUACUAUUGCGUGAAGCAAUGAAGAAAUGUUUCGGAGAGGAUGCCAAAACAGAGGAAUGUUCAGUUGUGCAGUCCAAUGAGUUCUUCUCUCAGGUACUUGGAGGUUGUGAGCCUUGUGGGUUUGCUUCAGUUGUGAUGGAGCAUCCAUUAAGAUUGAGAGUAUUUUGCGCACAAGUGCGUGCUGGAAUGUGGCGUAAGAACGGAGAUGCAGCUGUACUUAGUGCUGAGUGGUACCGCUCUGUGCAAUGGCUUGAACAGGGCUUGGAGUCGGAUUUGUUUCUGCUUCAAUGCUGUGGUGCAUUAUCUUCUCCAGAGUUCUUUGUGAGGACCAUUCAAGAAAGAUUUGGUUUGUCAGAUUAUACAUCUAUGGAUCUCACGGAACAGAAUGAGUAUGAAUCAGUUCUUAUACAAGAAAUGCUAACUUUUCUUGUUCAACUAGUCAAAGAACGCAGAUUUUGUGGGCGUCCCACAGCAGACAACUUGAAGAGAGAAUUGAUUUAUAAGUUGGCCGUUAGAGAUGCCACUCAUAGCCAGAUUGUGAAGUCCCUUCCCCGUGACCUUUCGUCAAGUGAACAACUUCAAAUUGUUCUAGAUUCACUCGCAGUUUAUUCUGAUCCAUCUGGAAAGAAAAAGGGCAAGUAUGUGCUUCGCGAAGCAUUCUGGAAGGAAUUGGACUUAUAUCACCCGCGCUGGAGUUCGAUGGAAUUAGAGAUUGCUAAAGAGAGAUAUUACCGUUGUUGCAAAGUUUCUGCUCUUGGCGCUCAACUACCUCAAUGGACUCAUGUUUUUAGCCCUCUGCGCAGUAUUUCUAAAAUUGCCACCUCCAAAGCUGUCCUUCAAAUUGUUCAUGCUGUUCUCUUCUAUGCUGUUUACACCGACACAUCAUCGGUAUCACGUGCCCCUGACAAUGUUCUCGUGACUGCUCUGCACCUGCUUUCGUUGGCACUUGACAUAUGUGAAUCAGAGAGUCAAAUGUCUGCGGACCAGUAUGGGAUGGACUUAGUGCAGCAUGAUGAUGAAUCAUGGGUUGUUCUGUCAUCUGAUGCAGUAGAGGCUUUUCCCAUAUUGACCUAUUCUACAGAACUAGUCUCCCCAGAGUCUGACAAACUAAAGAAGGAAAGCAUGAUAACCUUGCUUGUUUCACUAAUGCACAAGGAAAAGAAUGACAGCACCUUUUCUGGAUGCAAUAUUCCAUCUCUAGUUGAAAGUUUGUUGAAGAGAUUUGCCAAGUUAAGUAAGCAGUGCAUGUCUGCAGUAAGACAAAUGGCACCACAAGUACUCCCAUCCAUUCCUGAGCAUGCCAGCGCCAAACAGAAUUUAGGAUCUCCAGAUUCGACGGGAAACAGCCAAUGCAAAGCUACAAUCAUGGCAAAAAUGGGAGCAGAGCAGUCAAAACUUGCUGAAAGUAUGAAGUCGUCAGGAAAUGAAGGGCCUGAUGUUCCAACAUUUGAGCCAGAUGCACCUAGAUCAACUGCCAUCGAGAUGCGACCAUUUUGCUCUCUUUGCCAGGAUUCGGAUUCCAAAAGUCCACUCUGCUGUUUGAUUCGCCUUCAGGCUGCUCUGGAAACUAUGAUGGCAGAGACUGCUGAGGAUGGUCAGACCCCAAGAUCAGUUGCAGAGUUCGCUUCCAACAUACUCUCCCAUGUCGGUUCCACAGGCUCGUUGAAGUCGCCAGCUGUUGAAGUUCUUGAGGACAAACUCAGGGCGGAAAGACGGGGUGCGGCCGCGCUCCGAGAAGAAAUCGACGCCUUGAAGAAGCAGGCAGAAAAGGCCGACGCGGUCAUUGCCAAAACCCAAGAAGAGAUGGAGGAAGUCAGGAAGAAGCAAGCCGAGACAGACCAGGUUCUUCAGCUUCUCCUGCGCAGGUCUCAGGGUAACCCCGGUUCUUAGUCUCUGUUGAAACUGUGGUUCUACUGGAGUAUGUCGAACUUGUUUGAGUUUGUUGUUGUGUGAAAAACUUCGUAUCUUGUGUAUAUGUUAAAUAAAAUGCGAGUUAAAUGUUGUA